AUGAAUCCAGCUGUACAAAACCUCGUCAUCUCCCUGGGUGCGAUGCAAGUCGCCCGUAAAAUUCCUUUCGAGGACCCGCAGGUCCUCAUGUGCGCUUCAAACGUUUGCCUCGCAUAUGUUGGAUCGCUGACGCGGUCGUUGCGUGGGUUUUUCAUUAAGAAGAAGAAUGAUACUACUGUCCUCAAAUACGUGGAGCCCAAGAAUGCGCUCAACCCAGACAGCGGAGGACUCGUGGUGACUACAAAUCGGGAUUAUGAUCUCGAGGAGACAUCCAAGCUUUUGCGUGCAGUAUAUAUGGGAGUCGCCAUGAUGGGAUUCAUGCACUUUUACAUGAAGUUCACCCAGCCUCUCUUCAUCCAGGGUCUCAUGGGAAUCAAAAACCUGCUCGAGGCUAAACCAGUUGCGCUCUACAUCUUCAACAAGCCGGCCGAGGGUGACCUCAAGCGACCGUUCAAACAGCCCCCUGGUCUUUUGGCUGUGAGUUGUCCACUAUACCUAUUAGAGUAUUUGAUUCUCAUCACAUUUGCAGCGUCCAACCCAGCCACCGACAAGGCUAGCAUUGACGCAGCCGAGGGCAAGCCAAAGCCAAAGGAGGAGUAA